AUGGCUCCGUGGCCUCACGGGAACAGCUCUGCGGCCCCGUGGCCUGACACCCCUACCCUGGCACCCAAUACCGCUAACACGAGUGGGCUGCCGGGGGUGCCGUGGGCGGCGGCGCUGGCCGGGGCGCUGCUGGCGCUGGCCACGGUGGGAGGCAACCUGCUGGUAAUCGUGGCCAUCGCCUGCACGCCGAGACUGCAAACCAUGACCAACGUGUUCGUGACUUCGCUGGCUGCAGCCGACCUGGUGGUGGGACUCCUGGUAGUGCCGCCGGGGGCCACCUUGGCGCUGACCGGCCACUGGCCCCUGGGCGCCACUGGCUGCGAGCUGUGGACUUCAGUGGACGUGCUGUGCGUGACGGCCAGCAUCGAGACCCUGUGCGCCCUGGCCGUGGACCGCUACGUGGCCGUGACCAACCCACUGCGUUACGGCGCGCUGGUCACCAAGCGCCGCGCCCGGGCGGCCGUGCUCCUGGUGUGGCUCGUGUCCGCCGCGGUGUCGUUUGCGCCCAUCAUGAGCCAGUGGUGGCGCGUAGGGGCGGACGCCGAGGCUCAGCGCUGUCACUCCAACCCGCGCUGCUGCGCCUUCGCCUCCAACUUGCCCUACGCGCUGCUCUCCUCCUCCGUGUCCUUUUACCUUCCGCUCCUGGUGAUGCUCUUCGUCUACGCGCGGGUCUUCGUCGUGGCAACACGCCAGCUGCGCCUGCUGCGCGGGGAGCUGGGCCGCUUCCCGCUGGAGGAGCCGUCGCCAGCGCUCUCGCGCGCCCAGUCGCCCGCCGCCGCGGGGCCGUGCGCUGCUCCCGCCUGCAGUCGGAGGCCCGCGCGCCUGCUGCCUCUCCGGGAGCACCGCGCCCUGCUCACGCUGGGGCUCAUCAUGGGCACCUUCACCCUCUGCUGGUUGCCUUUCUUUCUGGCGAACGUGCUGCGCGCCCUCGGGGGCCCCUCGCUGGUUCCCAGCUCGGCCCUGCUCGCCCUCAACUGGCUGGGCUAUGCCAACUCUGCCUUCAACCCGCUCAUCUACUGCCGCAGCCCGGACUUUCGCCGCGCCUUCCGCCGUCUUCUGUGCGGCUGCCGGGGACGGAGUCCCGCGCCGCCGCCUCCAGGGCGCCAGAGCCCUCGCGCGCCCGUGCGGCCGGAACCAGCCCCGCCGAGUCCAGGCAGCGCCCGCCGCUCCACAGGGCUUCCCGGGGUAGUCCUAGGACGCAAAGCCCGAGCCAGCUACAUGGAUGCAGAACCGUGGACAGCCUGGAUCCCCUGUGUGGAAGGAACCGUGGAGGCCCGGGCUAUGCGGCUCUGCGCUCCGGAUCUUCAGGCCUGGGAGAGAGACCAGCCGGGAUCCUUCCCCGGUGGGUUCACCCCCGCCAAGGACCGCACCCCUGAACUUCACUACUACCUCGGCAGCUGGACAAGGCCCCCAUCCCGCCUCAUCGCCAGCCAGAAGGGUGGAUGCGGUGGAGGGCAGGUGUAUCACCCGUUCCCGGGGUUCCAGUUCCAGGCUUGA